AUGAUAAAGAAGAAAUGUUCCCGUCUUCAGCUGAAAAUCCAGGGAAAUGCUACAGUCAGCCAUUAUUUGGAUCGUUUGCAUCCUCUGAGUCCUUUGAGACCAAUAGCUCUGACAGAUAUGGUGCCUGUGAGUCUUUUGAACAUAGGGCCUUGAGCACUGAAGAUGCAGAUAGCGUUUUUGAUCAUUCUAAUGGAGGGUACAGUGACUCCUGUUCAUCCACCUGGGCUGCAGACCUCUUGUCAAACUGGGAAAUGCCCUAUGCCAUGUCUUCCCAGAGGUCCAGGUCUCCAUUUUCAGACAGCGGCAGAGAGAGUCAAUACUCCACUUCCAAUCUCUCUGAUUCCUCCAGCCUGUACUCCCCCUCACACUCUCGGCCAGCGCCGAUUGGCUCACGGGGCAGAGACAUGCACCCAUACGUGCACAGAAACUACCGGGGGAGAGGUGCUGUCGUACCUGAGGCUGAAGGACAAGGUGUAAGGUGCUCAAGUCAGAACCCAUCUAUUUGCAUAGAAAGAUACCACUCAACAUCAGCUGCUCUAGUGUUUCGAGGGACCAAGAGGAAGAUGAUGGAACCAGUGCCUCCUUGCAAGUUGGUUAAAAAAAAGAGGAUAGUCAAAGCAGGUCCCAGCAUCAGCAGCAUUGUGGGACCACACAUUUCAAAGGACCGUUGCUUUUCUUCCAAUAGCAAGCAAAAAAUUGGAGAGCAUGACCUUGGUAAAAAAGUUCGAACCAGAGAGAAGCGCAGAAGGCGACGAGAGAAGAAUCAUGAAAAAUAUGGAGAUAAGCACAGGUUGGCUUUUACAUGUGCUUUUUGUAAAUUCCACACGUUUGAAGACAAAGACAUUGAGAAACACUUUGGAAGCACGCAUCACAGAGAGACUCUUGACUAUAUAAGACGGCAAGCCAAAUUUGAUGACAAGGUCAUCAAUUUUUUGCAUGAUUGCAUGGUUCACAAAUUUCAUAAAACUGUCUCUACUCUACACAAACUAAAGUUUUCCUGUGGACGAAGCAAAGAUGAGUGGGUGAAAAUAAUGGAAGGGGUGACAGAAGAUGAUUACAUGAGAAGGAUGGAGGUGGUUUACUGUGUUGCAUGUGACAGUCACAUUCCUGUGGUUUUCAGCUCUGUACAGCAACAUCUUCAUUCACUCACUCACCUCAAGAGCAAAAUGGCUUACAAGGAGCAGUUAAAAAGAGACAGCGUGGUCACAGCCAAAGCCAUAAUAAAUAAUGAUAAUGUGAAAGUGCGCUAUGAGAGGUACAUGAAGGGAGAAGAUCCAUUUGCAACAGAUGCCAAAGACACAAGUUCUGAUUCUCAGGACCCCGAGAGAUCUGAUGAGGCAGAGGAAGAUGAAAAGAACAGUGACUCAUAAGAAUGGAUAUAAGUAUUAAAUGGAGAAAAAGAGAAAAGAGGGAAAGGCUCGUUCUACGGUAGUUUCUUGUUCUUUAACUUCAAAUGCUCAGAUGACCUUGUAAUGUAAAAGGCCUAAGAUUCAUUUUUCGUCAUUUUGAUUUAAUAAUUCAGUCCACAUUGAUUCAUGCUUAUAAGUGUAGGCUAGUUUUCCUCUCAAAAUGUAGGCAAUUUCUUUCUUUCUUUAAAAAAAAAGUGUACUCUUCACAGUGCAGUCUGAGAUUAAUUCUGUCUACUUGAGUCAAGUUGUACUGUCUCUGUAGUAGGCCUAUAUAUGCAUGUUUGGAGUAAAACUAUUUUGCCACUGUUUUGAAUGCCAUUAAAAUUUACAGUAUUA